AUGGAAUUCAACAGCACUUUUACAAAAACAGACACAGUUGAAAAAAUUAAUCAUAUUAAUUGUUAUGGUACAAAACUUCUAUUUGAUAUAGCAACAAAACAAGAGCAUAUGGAAAUGAUUAUUUAUGCUAGUUCAAUUAUGACUGUUUUUGGCUAUUUAGAAAAUGAACCAUAUUCAUCAUUAGCAAAAAAUAUUCAACCAAAACAAUUAUUGAAAAAGAUAACAAUUAAUGAUCCUCCGAUACCAUCCCAUUUUAAUCCAUCGUUUGAAGCAUAUUCUAACAGUAAAAUAUAUGGUGAAGAAUUGGCUAGACAAUACUCAACAAUUGAAACUAUAAAUGUUAAAUUUAUUUGUGCAAGAUUCGGUUGGAUAAAUACAACUGAUGAUGUAAUAUCUGAUUUGUAUGAUUGGUCAGAUAAAUCAGUACAGUGUAGUCAUCGUGAUUUAUGUCAAUUUAUUGAUCGAAUAUUAGAAAAACAAUUGAUAUUGAACAAGUUUGAGAUUUAUUUUGUUUCUUCAAAUAAUGAUUAUUGUUGGGCUAAUAUGGAUAAUUGUCAACAAGAUUUAGAUUAUAUACCACAAGAUGGCGCUAAAUGGAAGACAACGUGA